AUGUUUGAUAUCUGGGCAGAGGAAUUUUGGUUUCCAAAAGGCGUAACAUGGGAAACAUUAAAAUCUAAUGAAACUUUUCAUUAUCCACAUGUUUCUGAAUUUAAAUAUAGUAUAUUUAUUGGAUUUUUUUUAACAAUAGUAAGAAUAAUAACAGAAUCAUAUAUAUUUUUGCCUUUGGGAUAUUUUAUGGGAUUUAUAAACUUAUCACCAGAAGUAACACUAUUAAGUAAAUGUUAUGAUCAUUUAAAAGGUGGUUUUGCAGGAAGAACAAAAUUUAAAAAGGUUGCCGAAACAGCAUGGCGUUUUGUUUAUUUUGUAUUUGCAGUGUGUUUAGGUUUUUGGGCAUUAUAUGAUUCAGAUCAUUUAUAUAAUAUUGAAAAUUGUUGGGUAAAUUGGCCAUAUCAAAGUGUAAAUUCAAAAAUAAUGACUUAUUAUAUGAUUGAAAUAGGUUUUUAUUGGGCACUAAUAAUUUCACAUUUCUCAUUUGAUCUCAAAAAAUCAGAUUAUUGGCAGAUGCUUUUACAUCAUGGAAUAACAAUUUUCCUCUUAUUUAUUUCAUUUAGUAUUAAUUUUGUAAAAAUUGGAACAUUGAUCUUACUUUCACAUGAUUUUACAGAUAUUUUUAUUGAAUUAUGUAAACUUAUAAAAUAUGCAGGAUGGGAUAAUUUGUUGAAUGUAGCCUGUUUUGUAUUCAUUAUUGUAUGGGUAGGAACAAGAUUAAUUUAUUACCCAUUCUGGAUUAUUCAUUCUGUUAUUUAUACAGCACCAUUAAUAAUUGAAAAAACAUAUAAUUGGUUAGAUAUAACAUCAAGACCAAUUGUACCAAGAUUAUUAUUAAUUAUGCUUAUUGGUUUACUUAUCUUACAUAUAUUUUGGACAUGGCUUUUAGCUAGAAUUAUUAUGCGUGCCUUAGCUGGAAAUAAAUUAGAUGAUGCUCGAGAGGAUAGUGAUAAUGAAUUGUUAGAAGAAAAUGAAAUAAAAAAUCAAGAAAUAAUGUCUAAUGUAAGAGAUUCAACAAUAUUACCUAAAAUUACUACAAUAUCAAUUGAUAAUGAUAGUUCAUUAGAUACAAUUCAUGAGGGUGUUGUUGCUGAGAUAACUCCAACACCAUUAAAAAGACUAUCAACCUCAGGAGAUGAUACAUAUCAUAGAGGAAGAGCAACAAGUUUUCAUUUACCUUCUAUAUCAGAACAGGGACAAUUUAAGUUAAAUGAUGAUGAAGUACAAAAACAAUAUGUAAGACGUUCAUCUGCCGUUUCUACAAGAAGUUUUAGGCCAAGUACAUCAAGAAGGCCUUCUAUAGCACCAUCUAUUGCAUUUCAACAUUAUGAUCCUAAAUAUAAAUGUAUGUGUGAAUCAUUACAUGUUGCACAGGGUGGAAUUAUAAUAUGUUCACUAUCUGCUCUCUCCAUUUUAUCAAUGGUAUUAAUAAUAGUAUUUCAAAAAGAGUAUCAUCUUAAAUAUAUAAUACCUGAAUUAUUAGUAUUAACAAUAGAAGCUGUUGCAGUUUUCUUUUUAUUUAAAGGACUAUCAGAAAAAAAAUCCAAAUUUAUUCUACCAUUUUUGAUAUUAUUAAUUAUUGGUAUUUUCGGAUUAACUGCUUUAUGUAUUUUUUCAAUUAUUGUUGCUAUUAAACCUGACAAUGAUGCAGGAAAUUUGUUAACUAGUUUAACACUUGAAAAUUUUUCUGAAUUUUUUUCUGAUGAUGAUUAUACAAAAAAAGAUGAGAUAUCACAUUCUUUAAGUGUUAUUAGAAUGAUUGCUAUUUUUAUAACUAUAACAACAUCUUUUUUAAUAAUAUUAGAAUCAUGGUUUGUAUGGACAUUAUACAAAGUUUAUAUCUAUUUUAAAGAUAUUAUUGCUUCUGAGAUACGUAAAGCAGCUAAAUUGACAGGAAGAAGAAGUAGUGCAUUGAUUGGAACACGUGAAAGUAUUUCAACAGGAAAAAGAAACAGUACUUUAAUAGGUGAUUCAAAUAGAAGACGAGAAAGUGUUGCUAAAAAAGAUAGUAAUCAUAAACGUAGUACUACCGCAAAACCAGAAUUUCAAGCUCAAAAAUUUUGA